AUGGAUACAUCUUCGCAUAAUUAUAGGCCUCGGACUGUUGAAGAUGUAUUCACGACAAAGACAACAUCAUAUAGACUCCCAAGUGAGCAAAGUAUUCGACAUGUAACAGUGUUAAGUCGAUUUAAUCCAUUAGCUCAUAAUGAUAAUAUCCUUUCAAACAUGAGCGAGCCUUAUGAUAUAUCAUACAGACGAAAUAAAACUAGUCCUGAGUAUGAGGUUACAGAUGAAUUGCCAAAAGAUCAAGAGCCUACCAUUGUAAAUGUUAUUGAUCAUUACAAAAUACCUAAAACAUCACAAAAAAGAGCAUUCGCACAAGCUUUAAACGACAAGUUAAAUAUGUUAGAAAGCCAAAAUCUGGCUGUUGACGAAAAUAAUAUUUCAAUGGUUUUAGAAAAUUUAAAGAGAUCUAUAUCAUCGCAUAAAAAUGCAAUGCGGCAAUUUGUCGAGUUUAGCGAUAAGUACAAUCCCGAAAGGACACCUGUCUUACAAAUGAUAUCAGAUCAUUACACAAAAUUAUCAGAUAAAAUUCCCGAAAUAUGUGAUGGAUAUCAAUCUAAACUUAAAGAAAUAUCAGUUGAACUUGAUGAUUCCAAAAGUGAUCAUGAAUCUCUUCGAAAUGAAAAAGAAUCUUUAGAAGUUGCAAUAGAGAAACUAAAUAGAUCGAUUUUCAACCUGAAGCAGCAAAUAGAAGAUCACAGAGCUAAGUGUGCGUCAGCAGAAGCUCAUCUACGUGAUAGUACAAACGAAAAAAUGGCAAUUAUCAGAUUUUCUCAAUCGAAUAAAGAGAAACUGAACCAACUAACCCAACAAAUCAGCGAGAAAGAAGACCAACUCGCUGAAACCCGUCCGAUGAUUGAUGUUUUAACCCAAAAUUUGGAAUCAAAUUCGAACAAAAUCAAAGAAAUAACAGAAGAAGUAGCUCGUCUUGACCAAGCUCUUCAAGACUGUGAAGUAGAGAACGUAAAAUUAGACGAAAUGGAGCGAAAAACUACCGAUAAACGAAAUUCGCUUGAAGUUCAUGGCGAAACAUCGAAAGAAGAGAUUACACAUCGAACGCAACUUGUCCAGGUCAAUAUCCUCCAACAGCUGGCCAAACAAGCACGAAAACUCCAAGAAGAGCAGGAAAGAAACAUAAAAAUGGCCAGACAAGGACGAAUCAAUUCGACAAGAGAAGCUUUCAUGCAAAACAAGAGCGAUUUGGCAGUUCUCCAAGAGAAAAUGGGAGAAAAACUUGUGAUUAAAAACCUGGAAGACCUGAUGAAAGCGAGAGACAUCAUCCUCCAAAAUAACCAAUCCUUUAAUUGGUCGAGCCAAUCCAUUGCUAACGCAAGGACGGGAAACUUCGCUCUUAAAUCAAUCGCUGAUGACGAGGCGAAACUUUUUUCAUCAUACUUCAUUUCGAACGUCAUCAAAAAUUCCGUGAAAUGCAUCAAAAGAUCGGAGAAUUCGACACAAACGGAAUCAACAUACGAAGACAAAAGAAAACAAAUGAAUUCGAGGUUGACUUCUCGAAAACCAUCAAAUAAAAGUUCUUCACGACAAAGCCCGAUAAAAGCCAAUAAAUCCGGAAAGAGCUCGGACAAAUUAAGUACACAGAGAUUGAAUCCUUCAGCCAGAGAUAAGAUAAACAAAGUGAAUUCAAUCGAAGCUUUUGAAGCAAAAAAAAAUCAAAAUCACGCGGAAAUCGUAAUCGAAGAAGAUUUUGAGAUGAAUGACGAAGAGGAAGAAGGUUUGGAUUUCAUUUUCGAUAACAGCAACAACCAGGCAACGAUGCUGUAUAGGAAUGCAAGACUUGCAAAACUCCUGGACCCCGCUUACUCGAGAAGAAGACCAAAAGGAGUUGAUUGGCUCAUCCAUUCAAUUCGUCAAAUUUACGACGAAAAAGUCAUCGACGACCAAACAGAAGUAUUGCCACUGGAUAAGUAUAUUCUUAAAUGGGCGUUCAGACAAUAUGGUCGUGAUGAUUUGAUACAAAAAGGUUGUUGGGAUCUCUUGAUUUCUGCUUAUUUCCACAUGCAAAAAUCUCUUGAAGUUAUGAUUUUUGUCAGAUUUUUGGAUGAAGUUUGGACUGUCGACCAACUAUCUUUUUUCCUUAAAGCAAGGAGCUGGUGUGUGUGCAGAUGCGUUACAAUUGCAAUGCAGAACGAAUCCGUUGGUGAAUAUUUGACUGAAACAUUUAUGACGAAAGACCAAGUUGAAGAAUUUUUCAGAAAAUUCUGUCCGGAUACAGAACCAGAGUUAGUUGUUGAAUUAAAUAUCAGAUGCCAGAACUGUGCAGAUAGAAACAGAGGCGGCGAUGAUGCAGCGAAUAUCCCAAUGUACAGAGUCCUUGAAAUAGCUGUUGGAGAGAAAGAAGACAAGAAAAUUCGUUCUUUACGAAAAAUGCUCGCAUUGUAUAGACUUGUUCCAAGACUUAAUGAGAAGAGAUUUUCCAGUUUCGUGAAAGGAAUGAUACCGAACAUUGAUGCUAACACCAUUGACUCUCUUUUCCAUAGUUCUCAAGCCCAGAAUUCCUAUCGAAAAGACAUCGAAACGACAAAAUUCGAAGAAAAAUUCAAAAUCAUGGAAGAUGACAAAACAGAAGUUGAUUUCUCACAGUACUCACAACAGUACAGUUUGUCAAUGAACAGAUGGUCGCACUUCCAACCUUUCCUUCUUAAAGUAAUCGACCAAAUAACUGCAACACAAACAGAACAAUCAAGAAUGUUGGUGAAUGAAAUUCGUCAUAACAUGUUUUUGACAAUUGAAGCGAAAGUGUCUUACGACGGAGAAUUGUUCUAUGAAUGUUACCACAAGCUGUUGCAAGUCGUAUUGUUUAUCUGCAUGAAAAAUAAUUUGCCUGACGCUUUGGCUGUUCAUAGACAAAUUAGUGAUGUGGAAAAUAGAAUUCAGAAGACAUAUGAUGUUUCACAACAAACGAAAGAUGAUGAUUAA